AUGGUUGGCCUUCGAGCUUUGCAACACGGCGGUGUCGUUUUCCUUUUGGCUCCAUUUAUUCAAACUUCGAUCGCAAGCAAUGUUUAUCUCGACUGCAGCUCAGCUAGAGCAGGCGAUGGCAGCAAAUGGAAGCCUUUUAACUCAAUUGAGAAAGUGAAUGAAGCUGUUCUGCAAGCUGGUAAUUCACUUUACAUCAAAUCCGGGACAACAUGCACCGGGACCUUGUCUCCGCAAGGAAGUGGCACCCAGGAUAAGCCUAUCAUCCUGACCAGCUACGGAGGUGGAGCUCUUCCCAUUAUCAAUGGCUCUGGUGCGGCUGAAGCCGUCAGCCUGACGAACCAAGACUAUUGGGAUAUCUCUAAUAUUGCACUCAUCAAUCCUGCUUCGGAAAUUGGCGGACGACGAGGUAUUGUCGCAAGUUCCACCGACGGCACCACUCACUACGGUCUCUAUAUCCACGACAUAACCGUCUAUAACGUGGCCGGGGAAACGAAUAAAGCUACCCAGUCCAGUGCAUUCGUCGCCUCGGGUGGCAUCAUUGUGAAUGGCACAGUUACAACUAGUCGCUAUGACGACGUUCAAAUCUACCAUAAUACAGUCUAUGACUGCGGGGGUGGAGGCAUCAAGGUCCGUGUUGGCCAGAUGGACAACCGCGCUACCGGGACUCACGUUUGGGGAAACGACAUCUCCUAUGUUGGCGGCGACGGUAUUGUUGUAUCUUAUGGCGAUGCCCCGAUUAUCGAGAACAAUCUCGCAGGCUUCCUUGGCCAUGGAAAAUACCCAUAUACCGGCGGCAACUUUGCCGGCAUUUGGGUGCUAGGGUGCAAAGACGCAGUGAUGCGGCGGAAUGUGGUUCACGACUCGCUCAUGUCGGAUGUUGACAGCGAGGCCUUUGAUUGUGACUGGGGAAAUGAAGGAACCUGCACUGUCGAGUACAAUUAUAGUCACGACAAUGCGGGAGGCAUGUUUCUCAAUUGCGACGGCUGUGGAACCCCCGGUGGCGCAACUCAGAUUGUCCGAUACAACAUCUUCCAGAAUGAUUGCCGUAUGUACAGCAAUGGAGAUGACGUCCAGAUGGAGUUCUACAACAACGUCAUUUAUUGUCCUGAUAAGGCAUUUGAGAUCGCAGUUCCGCCUCAUGCAAACAUGUCGAAUAACAUCUGGGUGGGGACCGCAGGCUCUACUUUGCCGAGCAACAACUCGAUUGAGUGGCAUGCGAAUAUUUUCCAAACGGUUCCGAUGCCUCUUGACACAGCAGGUGUUGAAGAAGAUCCGCUAUUUAUCCAUCCCGGAACCGGUAAAGACAGUCUUGAUUCGGCUAGUGGCUAUCGGCUUCGCUCUGGAAGCCCUGCUCUGCAUCAUGGGGAUACUAUCGCGGAUAAUGGAGGACACGACUUCUGGAAUAACAAAGUGCCAUCCAUGGGACGCCCCAAUAUUGGCGCCUAUAACGGACGAGGUCUUUAA